AAUCCACCCAGAGGUUUAUCAACUAGGAAAUGCUAAACAUUGUCUUGGGCCUGUGCAGAAUGUCAUAAGCAAUAAAAUUUAGGUAUAAACCAAGGUAGUUGAGAUAUAUUCUUUCAUUACAUCUUAAAAACAAAUCUGAUGAGACUAGUGAAAUAAGUAUGCAUAAACUUGUUUCUUUUCUUGUCUCUUUGGUGAGAAGAAAAGCAGUGGGCCAGAACAAUUUGUUUCUUUAAUUUUUUCACCCUAACAGCAAUUACCUUUUGUUAAAUAAUGGAGAAUAAGUAUGGAGUAUCCAGGUAUAAUUACUAUAAGAUGUUCAUAAAUGUGCUUGGAAAAGCUGCCCAUUUCACCUUGUCAUCAAUUUUCCAGUAGAAAGGAAGCAUGGGAAAUGACAGUUCUUUCAGUUUCAGAAGAGAUUUAGAGAAUAACAACAAGUAGGCUAUACAUCAUUAUUUCCUAUAGAAUAUACUCCAUUAUGAAACCAAGAGACACAUGAUACGCAUUUAAGAUGCCCUCAUAAUCCACACUGUGACCACGACUCUAACUGUAACUACUGAUAGGACACAUUCAGAGUCCUCUGGCUAUCUGCCCAUCUCCAAACACUAUACUGAUUCUCAUGGCUACCUCCUUUCAACAGCAGUGACACUGUCAUGGUACUUCCCAUGGUAUCCCUACUCUUAAUAACAGCUUUGCAGCUGUGGCAAGAGUAACAAGGACAGACCAUGAAUCUUAAAAAUGUAGCCACGGUUUUUGCACUCAAAAGUUUUGAAAAGAAAAAUGAAAAACAGUUUUUCGGGUCUUGAAAAGUCUGGACAAAAUUGAAACGAUCUCAUUUCAGUAUGAAUAUUUUUUCAGUUUAGAAAAAAGAUAAUCCAUCGUCAGGACAACAAAUGUUUUAAAAGGUACAAAGUAUCUGUCAUGCAAAAUGAAGAGUCUCCUGAACCUGCAUAUAUGUUAUUUUAAUAUAAACUUAUAAUGGGAGACAGCGACAUACACCAGCUCAUGAUAAGGACCCUUGUGUAGAUGCUGUAUAUAUUCCAAGAAAAGAUGUCGAAAUACGAGUUAUUUUUAGAUCGUAUUACUUCGAGUUAAUAUAAAGUGUAGUACAUGUACUUCAAAACGGUUUAAAGUACCCCUGUCCUGCUAAGUCCACAUGAUAUUCAUUUGCAAGCCCCGAGGACGGAUGCUAGGAGCAACGAUCGUGCAUUACAGAAGUGGAAGUUUGAUAGCGCGUGCAUCAGUUUUAUCCACACAUUGUGUCUACAGACAAAACAGUGACAGCAUACAUGGUUUAACGAUCAGGUGGAUGCGCCAAAACACCUGUCACCCAGUAUUCCUGCUUCCCCAUCCUCUACUCCCCGGCACACCCAUCCAGACCCAUCUGUCAUCAUUCUAGUAGCGGCCCUCUCUGUGGAGGAGCGAAAGUGUAGUAGGUAGAGGAUGUAUAUGACCGUAUCACCUCAAAAGCACCUGGCGCCAUGUGGCGAGAGAGAGAGCACGCACCGCAUGUCGCUUCCGGUUACGUUGAUGCACGCUCACGAAAGCGGAGCGACCGCCACAGGUACGUGAUGUGCGCAGUCACGUUUCUGAACUGCCCUGUCACGCUGGAAACGGAUGAACUGGCGAAGCUAGUCUUCGCGCUUUUCCUUUUUGGAUCCUAGAGGUAGUUGUGAGGCGUACCAGUAGGUCGGUGACUAAGGAAGACCAAGGUCUUCUGGUGGGCCUCGGGUCGUACAGAGAAUGUGCAUCCCUUGACAGCUGCAGGAGCACAGGCCAGUCUGUUCCAAGAAAGAAUCUUGUGAAACGCGGCUAUGUUCAUCAUUUUUAAAAGUGUUCACCUUUGAACGGAAGUGCAACGAUGAAGGGAUUCACAGAAGAUGGGAACUUUCCGUUUUUACUGUGCUUUCCUUGUUUAAGAUUUGGAAAUCUUUUCCAUGUUAGUCCACUUGAAGAAAGGCUGGAGAAAGCCAGAUUACUGGCUCAGCAGAGAAAAGAAGAGGAGCGUCUUAGAUCCCUGGAGGACAAAAAGCAACAGGAAGAGCAGCGAGCCAAACGCAAGGAAACACGGAAAAGUGUUCUUGAUGAACUAAUUGAGACCGAAAAAAGUUACCUCUUUUGUCUUCAGCUUUGCAUAACCACUUUCUAUGACUCAUCAUCAAGCAUGAAGGUGCCAGAAAGUGUGGACCUGGAAUUUCUUUUUGGCAACAUGGAAGAGAUAGCUGACGUCUCUCAAAGGCUCUUUACUCAGCUGGAGUCUGCUGUAAUUGGCAAGGAAUUUGAAGAGCAGGUUGUGGGAACUGCAUUUGUGGACCUGGCAGAAGAUAUGAAAAACACAUAUGCCCCAUACUGUAGAAACCAUGAUGAUGUAUUAAUGGUCAUGGAGAAGCACAAGGAUAAUCCUGAAGUGUGUGAGUACUUCGCAGCAAAGGUGGAGGAAAUGAGGCAGAAAACUAACAUUUUUGAUGUCGAGGCAAUGCUAAUAAAGCCAGUGCAACGCAUUCUCAAGUACCCACUUCUCCUAAAUGAGCUGCAAAAGUGUACAGAAGAGGACCAUCCAGACAAGACAGCUAUCCGGAGGGCCAUAGAAGCAAUGACAAAUGUAGCCACUUCAAUCAAUGAGUAUAAACGCAGAAAAGAUUUGGUGUACAAGUAUAAAAAAGAGACAGAUGAAACAUUCACCAUGAAGAUUGCCAAGUUGAACCUACACUCCAUAAAGAAAAAGUCAACAAGGAUGCGAGGAAGAUUGAGUACCAAUUUAGGCAUAGCACUUCAGCUCAGGGACGAACAGUUCGAAAAAGAAGAUAAUCGCUUUAGAAAUGCAGAAAAAGCUGUAAAGGCCCUACUAAGAAGUGUAAUGAUUUAUUUGGAGCGAAUGAGGGAAGUUUUUAUCUGCCAAGACAACUUUGCAGAAGGCAUUCUUUGUUACUAUGGUGAUGCAGUUUGUGAAGAGAUCACACGCUACAUGAAAGUUCAUCAAGCAAUGAAGGCACAUCGUAAAAUUUUGCUUGAUACCAUUGAGGAGCUUGUGAUUAUACCACUCAAUAAACUUGUGGCCUUGUUGGAUGGUCCCAACAAAAUUAUCCAGAAACGUUUUGACAAACUUCUUGACUACAAUAAUUUGAUUGGGCGUGGGAAGGAGGACAAGGUAGUGCAGGCAGCCAAGAAUGAUUAUGAGGCUAUGAAUGCUCAGCUGCUGGAUGAACUUCCACAACUCUAUGAGUUGUCAUUGACCUUGAUACGCUGUUGCUCUGCUGCAUUUGUUCGAGCACAGAGAGAUUUUUGGGAUCGUGGCCUCAAAGAAAAUUGUAUUCUGUUAGAGCUCCCAUCCAUCUUGGGUGCAAGCAAAAAUAUCAUGGAGAGCUUCAACAUACAACAUGCUGCAGCCUUUGAUCAUGUGUCCUCUAUGAGUUUUAUACCACGUGGUUUUAAUCCCAGGAUAGAUCCACUGCGAUUUGACCGAAAGGGAUCCCUCCGGCCACCAGCUGAUGCUGCCAGACCAUCAUUGACAGUGCAGUCCAACAGUCAAUCAGCCAGCCAGCAGGAGUAUCUUCGACAGAUGUACGGGGUUGACAGAUUGUAUCAAGUUUCUCAGACCACACCUGCAUCUGAUGUUAUGGACAUGGCUGUUUCACAGGGAACACUUGUAGCAGUUAUCAAGGACAAAGACCCCAUGGGUGGGAGACAGCGAUGGUUUGUAGAUGAUGGAGUUAACAAAGGUUUUGUCCAGUCAUCUAUUCUUACCAAAGUAGCCCCAUCACUGUCUGGUAGUACCUCUGAUCUGACAUCUGAUGACACCUCAGACACAACAUCCAUUUACUCAGCUAGCAUGGAUGAUAUGGAUUCAUCCUUCUUUGAAAGCCAGCAACAGUAUCCUGAAGUGACAACUAUUGAAUCAGGAGAUGUCCUGCCGUCUUAUUAUGAUGCCCAUUUACUGCAUGAGCGUUACUAUGCAGAAUUCCCUUUUACAGCUCGCAGUGAAAACGAAGCAUCCUUAGUCAGUGGCCAAGAGGUGGUUGUGCUAGCUAAACAUGACAUUACAGGUAACACAGAAUGGUGGUUAGUGGAUGCUAAUGGUCACCAAGGAUAUGCACCUGCCACAUACCUGCGAAAAGUUGUAUGAGUGAUCAAGUGUCAUAAACAAUAAUGAAGACUGCAAACAUUAAAGAUUAGUUUGGGUUUGCCACAUGCUUCAGUUUAUGUACAACAGAUUUGACCUUAUUGUAUGCAUGAUUUCAUAUACAUGUGAUUUUUGUUAAACAUAUGUACAUAGAGGCUUCAUCGUACAUGCCUAGGUGCAGAUACUAAUGUGAACUUGUUCAUGCUGAUGUUUGUUGGGAGAUUAGCAUGUAAAUCUCACAAAAACACAAUUAUCAUAUUGAUCGUAUCGAAUACUUUUUUGCUCAUGGUUUGCCAGUUACUGACUGUUUCUUAAACUUGUGAUACUGUUUAUAACUUUCUCUUGUAUCUAUGCCAGUUAAGAUUGUUCAUUAUCAUUCAACUUUUCAUAACACAUUUAUACAAAUUUUAUUAUAUAAAUGAAGAUUUCGCCCUAUAUGUUACUAUAUAGAUUAAAAUUAUAUUUGGGUCAUAUAUGCCUUUAAUGCAUCAUGCAUCAAAAUGGUGGGCUGUUCAUUUUAAUCAGUGAAAGUCAUUGUUACUGUGUUGCACCAUGAGAACAUCCUAGAUGUUUUUGCAUAUUUUUGUUUUCUUAUUGGUGUUUGACAUGAUGGAGAAGUAUGAAAUUAGUGAAUGGCUGAGAGGUAUAUUUUGCCAAGCUGGCAAAUAAGGUUAUCUGGAGGUGAGUUUGAAAAAAAAAAAUUUUCUGAAAUGUUAAUUUCAGCUUUGUUUUUGCUACCAUCACAUCAGAAAAAUACCGGCAUCCGGGAGUUCAAAACCUAAACUAUCUUGCUACGAGAAAUAGAUUUUAUGCUCUUCAUUGGGUGUCCUUUAGGAACAAAUGUUUGAGCUGUGAAUAUGUUUCUCCUUUAUCCCCUGUGCAUACCAGAAAUAUUGUAUGCUAUGUGCCUUUUUUAAUCAUACUUUCUAAUGCAUCAAACGAAGGUUGCAGUUUUUAGCUGAUGUCUUUUUUCUUCAUGUUGCAUGAAUUGUAAAUGUCGGUUUCUUUGAGAUUUGCCUAUAUGAUGGAAUAUUUUAUCGCUGUUGCUAAAAAAUGUCUCUAAGUCCACUCCCACCCCCUCUCCCCACCAACCUUUAUCAAAACAUACCAACUGGUUGGUGUGAUGUCAUUUACACUUUUAAACUUAAAACCACCAUACCUCUUUUGGGACAUGUUUUUCUCGCCACAUCUUCUCAACCAGUGGCAUUGAUUUGGUCUGACUGUAUAAAUAACAGUGUAAUUUCAAAAAGCAGCAUGAUAUAUUAAUACAGAAAAAAAUUAAACAAAACAUACAGUGUAUAAGGAGUGCCAACACACAGCAUUGGAAGUCCUUCUAGGAUUCAGUGUUCAAGAUCCCAUUAUUCACCCCUAUUAAGAGGACGGCAUUAGCAUUUAUAGCACAGUUUCAGAGCCUAUGAUAAACUCAGUGCACUAAAAUAUAGUUUAAAAGACAGCAGUCUACAAGCAGUCUUUGAAGAUGUUGACAUGAUGGUAACAAGGUCAGCAGUUUACAGUAUAGUCAGGAGGGGGAAGGGGGAUGGGGAAGGGGGAGGUGUCAUAACGUUAAAUCUAACCAUAUAACUCAUUGUUUAGUCUUGUCAUGGCAUGCUUUGUUGAAGAUGCCAGCUUUGUCUUUGGUGAACUUUGUCACUAGCUUCCGUAGCAUAUACAGUGAAACUGGACCUAUUAACCCCCAAAUUAUCAGUGUAGCACUAAAACCCAAAUGACAUCUUUGUCUUUUGUGCAAUACCAGUAACUUACAGAUCUUGCAAUUCUUAGUAUUGCUGAGUUUUUUCUGUCUCGCUCAUAUCUUUUUACUGAUGAUGUUAAACCAAAAAUGAUUCAUUUUUGAUGCUAAUGAGUCUUCAUAUUGAAUGACGUGCUGUGUAGCAUCAGCUUCCAUGAAUGUGCUUUAACCUGUUUCAAAUGAAUUUAUCCUUGAAAUAGAGACAUCUGCCUUGUUUUUAAAAUCAUCUUGGUGUUUAAAUGCACAUCUCAUCACAUAAACGUAAGAACUGUGAGAAAGUUUGUCAGAUCUCAGGAUCUGGAAUGGCACAGUUAUAUUUUGUUCAGGUUGAACAUAUAAUUAAAACCACAUUUAAGUUUCUUAACGGGUUGUAUUAAUUAUUCUGUGUAUAGUGCAUUAUUUUUGCAAUAAAGAGCAGUUUGGUCCCAACGGUAUUUCACCACCAUCCAUCCAAACUAAAUUUUAGGCAAUGGGCAAGGAUUAAGACUGUUGAUAUAAAGAGGGUAUAUAUAACUAGCAGUAACUUUGGGGAAAAAUCUGAGAAUGCCAGUAGUAUGUAUUGUAUAGAAAGAAUUCUGUUAGCAGUAAAACCAGAUCACAAGUUUCUCAGAAAGGAAACUAUCUUCACUUGGGGAAAGUUUACUGAAAAACUGAAAUGUGCAUUGUAGACUUCCUCUCUACUUACACAUUUAUAGUAUUGCUGCAUUUCAGACUUGCAACUUUUACCGUCUUUUUCUUGUUUGUUGGGAUGUAAGAAGUACGUGAUUAAAGGCCCCACAUUCUGAUGUUGAAGUGAUUAACCAAAAUGGCUAGAGGACUGGCACGUUCAAGCCAGAGACACCCACAGUACUUGUGUGGUGCAGCAUACUUUUGACUCAGCUGAUACCAGAGGGUUGGGAUAGGAAAAGACAGCUAAGGAAAGUAGAAGGGCAUUACCCUGGCUCAGAAAGCUGGCCUCAAGAUAGGCCCGAUCUCUUGACACCUUACUCCCCAAGGACUGAAAAGUUAGGGGACAGCAUUUACCUGCUUUUCUUGCUCAUGUCAAAAGUUAACCAUUAAGAACCAACUAUCAUGAAGACAAAAAUAUGAAUAAAUGGCUUGUAUAUAUAUAUAUAAAAGGUAAACAUAAUGAGAGUCUGUACGUGAAACUACCUAAAGUAAAUGAACAAAUUUGCCAUUCUACCUUCCAUAAUGUCUUUCUACCAAAAAAUGCAAGAAGAUUCUAGUGUACAUGAUCUUACAUCAGCAAGUAAUGACUUAGUACUAGAAGUACUUUACAUUUUCGACUUCAUUAGACUCCUUAGUUAACACUAAGUUACUCAGAAUCAGUUUUAUGCAAAAAUAAAUAAAUAAAUAAAAAUAACAACUUCAAGCUUCAUUUGGGAUAACCUCAGCAUUAACCUUGAGUAGAUCAUUGGGCAGUGUUUUGCUGCUAUUGAAGGCUUUCUUUGCAUAUUUUUUGCAGGGAUAAAAUCAUAACACUAAGAAUUUAAUCAUUCAUCCUAUGAUUUUCCUUGUUCUCUUUGGCUGGCUGUGCUGGUCACAGUAAAAGCUUAUGCUUGUUCUGGGUUUGGUGAAGCCCACAUUGACUUUACCUUCACCUGUUGAAAGGAAAUGGACAUAUCUUUGUCUUUCUCUUUACCGUAAAAUAUGCCUUAUGCUUUGACUCGAUUUUAGACAUUGAUUUGGAUAUGUAUAUAAAGUGCACAUUGCUCGUGUUCUAUUUUCAUUCAGUUUUUUUUUUUUGUUUUUUUUUUUUAUAAUGCUUCCAAACCUUCCAGAAAUAUUCACUAUGUUUUCUGUGAUGCGCAUUAGCAGGGUAUGUAAUUUUGAACUGAAUCCCUCAUUGCUUGUUUUUUUAGUUGUUGUUUUCAUUGUUCAAUUACUUGAAGUUGAGACUGACAUAUAAAUAAGAUGUGCACUUGUUUUCAUAUAAUUUUGCUUCAGGUUGCUAGUGUAAUCAUAAUGCUGUGCAUUUUCACCUCUGCUUUUGACACAGCAUAGAAAUAGUGCUUCUUAAGGAAUAAUUUAUUAUCUUUUUAAUAAAUAAACAUCAACUUUUGAUACUAAGGCUAGGUUGUAUGCAUCAAGCAUCUUACUAACGAUUGCAAAUUAGCCAGAGUUGAUUACAAGUAACAGAAAAAGUAGGACAAAACUUGAUUAGAAGAGUGUACACCAUUCAUUACUUUGCUUUGAGUGAGCUGGGUAAACAGACUAAAGCAUGACAACUGUAUGAUUUCAUUGUGUGCAUUGACAAAUUCUUGCAUGGAGUAGAUAAAUCUUUGUACUCCUGGAGGAAGUUUCACAGUUUGAAAAACUCAUAACUCAUACAUAUAUACACAUAACCACACACAGUUUAGGGACCUGAGUGCAUCUGCAUAGAGAGGCUAAGGCUGUAUAUAUCUUUGCCAUUCUUCUGGUUCCCUUUGGUAGUUUGAUGAACAUUUCUCACAUAGCACUUAAAAAGAAAAUUUUUUUUCUAAGCUGUUAUUAUAGCAUCAGUAUCAAGUGUAGGUAGUGAAUCUCUACUGUUAAUGUCAUGAUUGUCGUGCUUUGUGGAGGGAGGGGAAUGGUGUUGAAAACAAUUUUAAAAAAAGCCUUAGAAUAAUGAACACUUUGUGUUCUGAUGCAUAGAGUAACACUGGCAAUAAUGUAUUACUGUUCAUCAAUGUGAUGCGACAAAGAUACAAAGGAUCAGCAGAGUUGUUAAGCCUUUAGUUUUGACAGGAAUGUUUUAAGUGUAAGAAUAGGAUAUUGUAGACUAUAUUACAUCUUUCAGUUGACUGGACUGGUUGCCAGUCCAAGCUCAACUCUAUGACAGAGGGACAAAAUGAGCUUUCAGCUUGUGACAGAAUAUCUUUCUGCGUAUGCUCUGCCAGCUGUCAAUUUGGUUUUUUCAUACAUUUCUCACAUGUCACACAUAAGAUGAACUACACUGGGUCAUGUUGCUUUUCUUUCUCUGGCCCCAAAGCUUUACCUCAUCACUUUACAAAGUGAUUACCUUUGACGCUUUCAAGGCUGGGCUUUAUAUCCCCCAUCUACCUUUGGAAGUAACUGCAGUAGAUGCUGGGUGCCUCCUUUUCAUUUCCUCCCACCUAUCCCCUAUGUUUUUAUAUUUUGUGAUUAUUGUGUUUGUCCACUCAUGUUCCAUGGUGGUCAGGUGGCACAACGGCUAGGGCCUGUACAUUGAAGGUUGGCUAUCCUGAGUUCAGCUCUUGUCUCGGCCACACUGUUCUUUUUCUGCAUGUGGCAUCUGUUUACAGGGUUGGCUGCCUUGCCGUGAUAUAGCCUUAGUUGCUGGUUUGAUGUAAAACACCAAUUCCUCCUACCAGCAUCACUCACAUUCCUCUUUCAUUAAAGUAAAUUCAACUCACUGCCAAUCAGGGAAAUGUGCUGUAAAUGAGCUUUUAUUAUUUAUGUUAUUCUAUCAUUUGUGGUUAAAAACUGAAGCUAUGUAUUUUUUUUUUUUAGUCCUUUCUAGUUUUAAGUUGUAUGUUCACACUUUGGUUUGUUCCUAGCAUCCUGAGAUUGGCAGCAGUUGAAAUGCUUUGUUGCUGUAUCACAUAUGCAGGCAGGCAUAACAUCAAUGUAUAUGGUCUCUCCCACACCCCACCCUUGCACACACAUAUUCAUGUGCUUCUCAGACUUUUAUUAUUAAACUGUGAUACAAAUUCCUCUAUAACUGAAUCAUGGCUGAACUUGUUGGGUGAAUUGGUUUACAUUAAAAAGUGUGGCAUUAAAUUUUAGCCUGUAAAUGAAUGACUCAAUAGUUAAAGCUGGGCUUAAUAGUUUGCAAACCUAUCUCCAUUUUCUGCUGGUAUACAACAUUGCUAAUUGCAGGCUUGCUAAGGUGGCAGGAACAAAAAUGACAUUUAUGUGAAUGUUGAUUUAAAUGCCUUAAUCAAAUACAUCCAGAAUUUUUUUUCAGUUUCUGCAAAACUAUUUUAGGGCUGGUGUCCAUUUUUAAAAAAAAUUUCAUGGUAAAACUUUAUGGUCUUGUGGCAGAUAUUUCCUUUUGAUAACCCUUUUUUUUUUUUUGUUAAAAAAAAUUGAUUGCAUAUACAACCUGAUUUUGAACAAUCAAACUUUUAUGGGAAGGGUUACUGCAGUUGGUUUUUCCAUAGCACAGUUACCCCUACCAGAUCAGAUAUUUCAAGUCAACCACAAAGUACCUAUCUAUAGUCUUAUAUGCAUGUCUUCUUUCAAUUCUCUUAGAAAAUGUAUUGAAUUACAGAUGUGAUGACUUUUCAGUUUAUUUUCUUUAUAAAAGGGAAAUAGUAUUGAAGAAUAGAAUAUUUAAACUACACAAGAUAUUUUUGGUUUGUGGGCGUGGGUGGAGAAAACACCAAAAAUUGAACUGUAAAGUUUGAGACAAAUAUUUUGAAAUUGGUUAUAUCUAAAAACAGCAGUUCAGUAGUUCAUGUUUGUUGUAAAUGCAUGAUAUUCAUGUUUCAUGACCACUAAACAAAUGCUGAGUUAUGUAUAUUUUUUUUACUUGCCUUCUAGUGUUUACUUUAGUAAUAUAACUGCACUUUUAUUUGCCUUACACUUUUCUCCUUCUCUUGUUAUGCAUAAAAACAAAAAAAUACUUUCAAUAUUUCUUAGCUUAGCUGUACUGACCAAAAAACAACUGAAGAUGUCAGAUAUAUGUACCUGACAUUAUAUUUAUCACUGUGUACACAUUUGUCAACUGUGAACUUUGCUUGUAUCCCAGUUUCAAAAUCAAAUGGUGGUUAAUCAAAUCAUUACUCUGCUGAUUACUUAGUGUAAUAAUGGUUUUACAAACCAUUGUUUAUCAUACUUAGCAGCAGGCCUAACAGUAUUAAUAUAUUUAGCUUGGUAAAGUUUAAUUUCAAAAUUUCAAGUUGGCAACCUGGAGACAAGACAGCAUACAUACAAAACUGUAAAAGCUUCGGCCUCUUAUGGUUCAAGUUUAAUCCUUUUUUUUAAUAUUUCAUUAAUGCAGAAAAAACAUUAACCUUAACAUAAGGUGAUUUAUGCUAAAGCUUUGAUGUUUUCAUUGUACUAGCAGUAGCCAUAUAAGAUUUUGAGUUUAUGGAAAAUAUUGUAUUUUUCCAUUUUGUUGAUGACAUUAUAGCAUUUACAAUGUUCAUAAUAUAAAAAAAAAAAUGAAGUAAUGGUGGGUUCUAACAUAAACCAUGUGAAGUGA